CUCCUCAGUGCUCUUGUCAUUGCGCUUGCCGGUUCGCGCAAAUCCGCCAUUCUAGUUUGCAACAACUUUACUUUGUACUCUGCGAACUUAUUCUAAAAAUUAGUUAUUAUUAAGGAUCUAAUCAUGGAAACCCCGAAGAAAAAAGAGAAAAUAGUCCCAGUGUUCAAGAACUUGGGCUUUAUCGUUCCAAAAAAGAAUAAAUCGAAGAAUGCAGUUAAACGAGGUGAUGGUUCGUCUACUGAGAACAGUCCGAGAGUUGACGAAGAUAACAGCGAUUCUAGCAAUGCUUGUUCUGAUGUCUCUGAAACAAGUAGCAAGGGCAGUAAUUCUAGUACUGUUCUCUCAUCUGUUUCGCAUAAUAGCAUCAAAGGGAGAGAAGAGCCAUCAGUGGCAGCCAAGUCUCUUGAAGCUAAACAAUCAAAUAAAAAACCGGAAUUCGCUAGACCUUUCAGUGCAAUUUUCAAACCAAUCGAUAAGAAAACAACUGAAACACCUAGGCCUACUACCGACUCUGGCGAAAUAGCUGCAAAAUCACCUAAAUCGCAAGAGAAAUUACUUGGCAAAACGGCUGCAAAAACAAUAUCCAAGAAAAAAUCACCUAAAUCGCAAGAGAAAUUACUUGGCAAAACGGCUGCAAAAACAAUAUCUAAGAAAAAAUCAUCUAAAAAAUUAUCACAAAAGAAGAUUACGCUGUUGACCACAGAACAAUAUGAUGAUAUUUUUGAUUCUGUCAUCAAAAGUGCUAUUUCCCAAGUGGAAGCAUCUCCUGAAAUGGACGCAUCUCUUGAAAUGGACGCUUCACAUGAAACCUCUUUGCAGGGGAAUGAUAAGGAAUCAACCACCGAAACAGAUAUAAUUCCAAAUACAAGUGAUGCAGCUAAGUUUGUGCCUUAUAAUGAAAAAGAAAAUUCAGCUAAUAAGCAGACAGUAGAGCGAGCUGCCGUAUUAUCAAAUACUGCACUUGCUUCUAAAAAGCAGAAGAUUACUGAAGAAGGAAGCUCGGAUGACUACACAGCUGAAGAAAAGCUAACAGAACAAAAAAAUAGUCUUGUCAUAAGUGAUAGCCCAGCUGCUAGAAAAAUUCCCAAAAUUUGUCUUACUAGAUUACCGUUACGAGAGAAAACUGUCAAUGAGAAACCUUCUCUUACAGACAUUUCUGCAAGAAUUUCAGAACUGGAGGCAAACAAGAAUCUAAACGCUGAAUCUUUUCAGAGUGAUGAAACAAAUUUUGAGAAUUAUAUUUCCGCUAUGAAAAAUAAGGAACUGGACAAGCCCAAAAAUGGAUCCAAAUUGGAUAUUUCUGAUGAGGCAUCAAGCUCCACUUCUAAACAACAACCAGCUUCUAGUCCGACAUUUUCUCAUUCUGUAAAUGACUCUUCAACAAUCGAUGUGUACGAUUUUGAAGAAGAUGAUGUACAGCACCUGAUCUUGAACACCCAAAAGACCACAUGGGGAAAGGACCGUAGUAUCAUCUACGACAAACCUCCCAAAACAAAAAAUUACAAAGAGCAGAUGCUCUACUUGCGGCAGUGUCGCACUAUCGGACUUUGGGUGCAAUGUACAAAUAGGGGUUGCGGCAAGUACCGUUACUGUCGAGAAUUGAAGGACCCUCAGGACGUGCCAGAGAUAUGGACUUGUUCCAUGAAUACCGACAAGGCAUUCAACGACUGCAGCAUUGAAGAGCAGCGACAACCGUGGGAGGUUGAGGGGGAGGUGGACGUGAUCAGCAGCAAAUACACGGCUGGCUCGGUGGUGUGGGCGCACCUGCAAGGCUGGCCCUGGUGGCCGGCCAUAGUCGACGAUGACCCCGACACUCAGAUGUUUUGGUGGCCGAAACCAGAAACGUGGUAUCACGUUGUAUUUUUUGGGGCAAAAGUUAAUCGAUGUUGGGUGCGAGAUCAAUGUGUUAAACCCUUUGACGGAAACAACAACUUCAAGUCAAUGAAGACAACUAUCAAAAAGGACAAAGGACUGGCUGGCCAGCUGGAGGCGGCAAUAGCAACCGCAGCCGCAGCAAGGGCAAUGCCUCUGACUGAAAGACUCGCCAAAUUUAGUUUUGUUGCCAGAUUUAAAGGCCCGUUUGUCGAACCCAGACUCGAAUUAGAUAGUUCAUCCUCAGAUGAAAGUUCUCAAGAGAAUCACAGCUUUUCUUCUCAGUCAUCUCUUUCUUCUAGAAAUGUUUUAGGAAAACGGAAGGCAAGGAAGCUUAAAAAACCGAAGAGACAAAUAUCGAAGAAAUCGGCAAUCGACAGUUUGUCUACAGUAGGGGAUCUUGAAAAACGUAAAUUGAAGAGACAAGUAUCGAAGAAAUUGGCAAUCAAUAGGUUGUCUACAGUAGGGGAUGAAUCAGGAAAUGAUAUGAAAGGUGAAGGUGAUGGGAAAGUAAAAGGUGAUAGUGGAGUUGGUGGAACCAAAGAAUGCAUAGUAGAUGUGGUGGCAGAAGAUACGCCUGCAACCGCAACCAAACAAUGCAAAGUCGAUGUGGUGGCAGAAGAUACGCCUGCAACCGCAACCAAACAAUGCAUAGUAGAUGUGGUGGCAGAAGAUAUGCCUGCAACCAAUAAAUGCAUAGUAGAUUUGGUGGUAGAAGAUACGCCUGCAACCAAUAAAUGCAUAGUAGAUUUGGUGUCAAUAGCUGACUCUGAAAGUGAUGCAGAUGUGAUAGCAGAAGAUACGCCUGCAACCGCAACCAAACAAUGCAAAGUCGAUGUGGUGGCAGAAGAUACGCCUGCAACCAAUAAAUGCAUAGUAGAUUUGGUGUCAAUAGCUGACUCUGAAAGUGAUGCAGAUGUGAUAGCAGAAGAUACGCCUGCAACCGCAACCAAACAAUGCAAAGUCGAUGUGGUGGCAGAAGAUACGCCUGCAACCAAUAAAUGCAUAGUAGAUUUGGUGUCAAUAGCUGACUCUGAAAGUGAUGUAGAUGUGAUGGCAGUUGAUGACUCUGAAAGUGAAGUACAUGUGGAGGCAGUGGAAUUCUCGGCUUCCGAAGAAGGUGACGUAGAUGUGGUGGGUUUGGAUUAUGACAGCGAUGACAGCGAAUGGUCCGACCGCAGCAUCAUCAGCCAUGUCUCCAACACCGACAUCCAACAAAGCCACUCAGAGGACACAUCCGCACUGCACCAGGGAGCUGUUACCAAAACUGAAUAAUGCCACCCUUUGAAAGGGCACCAUUUGAUCUGCCAAUUUCAGUCUUCAAAGUCAAACACUACAACAUUGAACAUUUUCAUAAAUUACUUUAAUAAUAAUUGACACUAAGAGGUCAUUGAGACUGAGUCUUGGUCUAGUUCAUUUCGAAAAAUGAUGAAUGUGUUCAUUUAGCAUAAUUGCGUUCUACAAUUUACGAUCGUAUUCAUAUAGUAUUAGAUAAUAUAAUAGUAUUAGCCUAGACAGUAUUUCUCAUUAAAACUAGGCAACUAAAACGUAUUCUUCAACUUAUUCUUCAACACAAUACUAUGGACUGAGACUGAAAGUUCAUUAGAGACAGAGUUCAUAGUAAGAGACUGAGAUUUGUCCUAGAUCAUUCCAAAAAAUGAUAAAAAUGUGUUCAUCUAGCAUAAUUGUGUUAUACGAUUUGUGAUCGUUUUCAUAUACUAUUAGAUAAUAAUAGUAUUAGCCUAGACAGUAUUUCUCAUUAAAACUAGGCAACUAAAACGUAUUCUUUAACUUACAUGAAUACUAUGGACUGAGACUGAAAGUUCAUUAGAGACAGAGUUCAUAGUAAGAGACUGAGAUUUGUCCUAGAUCAUUCCAAAAAAUGAUAAAAAUGUGUUCAUCUAGCAUAAUUGUGUUAUACGAUUUGUGAUCGUUUUCAUAUACUAUUAGAUAAUUAUAAUAGUAUUAGCCUAGACAGUAUUUCUCAUUAAAACUAGGCAACUAAAACGUAUUCUUUAACUUACAUUAAUACUAUGGACUGUGAGAUUAAAAGUUCAUUAGAAGAGUUCAUGGUAAGAGACUAAGAUUUGUCCUAAAUCAUUCCAAAAAAUGAUAAAAAUGUGUUCAUCUAGCAUAAUUGUGUUAUACGAUUUGUGAUCGUAUUCAUAUACUAUUAGAUAAUAUAAUAGUAUUAGCCUAGACAGUAUUAUUCAUUAAAACUAGGUAACUAAAACGUAUACUAAGUAUUGUACUCAAAACCUUGUUCUGUGCCUUAAUCUUUUUACUUAAGAAAGUAGUUGUUUUAGAAAAGAAAACAUAAGUUUAGAAAAUAAUUUUGAAAGAGUACAGUACAUCUAAUAAAAUUCCGUCCAGGCUAUUUCUUCUGUCUAUAGGUAUACGUUCAGGUAUAGGUAUAGUUCAAUCUUUUGAAGGAGUCACAAAAAACCAAUAGGCUACUAAACUCAUGACUGUGAGUGAGCUAGGGUCAAGAGAACUACAGUUCAGAAUGAACUAAAUUCUUCAAGAUUAUAAAUUAUUAUACCACAAAUUCAAAUGAAAAAAAAAACUAAUUUUCUCAAGAACCGCAAUUCGCAUUUUCGUUUAUAAGCCCUCAUUGAGUUUUCAAAGACUUUUUUCUCUAUAAAUUUUGUUUCACUGCCCUACACACUAUGCUAUUCUGUAUUAUUUCCAAUGUCAUUUUAUUCGCGGUGGGUGAACUUAUACUGGUUGAAUCUGGCUUGAGGAUGAGGUCGGAAAGUCAACUUAUAUGAUAUUGAACUCGGCCUCCCGAUUUGUCGUCCUGUCAAUUCUGGUCUGCUUUCAUUCAUCCUUUUGGAUUCCUCACGAUGUCCCUUGUACCAAUGUCCAAGUGUACAUGGCGAAUGGCGAAUCACAACAAAAUCAGGCCAUGGCACUAUAACUACUAUGAAAAAUGAUAUUAGGCUAUAUCUCUUUACACCAGGACUGUUUCUAUCCAAGUGUGUCUUCCGAAUGCACUCUGGUCUCUUGAGGAUUCCCCCACUUUGGGCUUAUAUAAUGGGUUCCCCUAUUGGCCGAGGAAAAGUGGGAAACAGAAUUGGGCCAAUCUUAGCGUCGCUUUCAAACAAUGUUAGCGUGAGAAUUUAAAAGUAGGCUAUUCAGUUCGCAAACAUUCCUAAUUUUGUAAUUUUUCGACCUAGCUUACUAGCUUUCAUGUCAUGAAGUUAAAUUUCAGUGAUAUUUCAAUAAUCUACAAUACCCGACUAUUGGGAGCCAGGGUAAAAUUUUAAGAUAAUCUAGCCUAAAAUAAUGGUGCUAGUGGAAUAUAAGAAAAUAUUCUACUCACAAUAUUGAUUGUGUACAUUUCAGCAAUACUGUGCAAUAAAAUGUAUAUGAUGUACAUAAAAAAUGAAAAAAUAUAAUGUGCAAUAAAAGUAGUGUUUUCGACAGUUAUGUUUCUACAAAAUCUAUUGUAAAAAUAUCAAAAUAAAUAAUUCAUAGUUGUUCAAAUAGAAAAAGAAAGGCUAUCUUUUGUCGAAUAUGAGUAGUUACGUUUAUAUGAUAUUAAUUGAUAAUGUUAAUCUUACUAUUGAAAUAAAGUGUAACUACAAAAAAUAAUUUAAAAAUAUGUAUUUUUCAUGAUAAAUUGUUUUAUAAGUAUCUGUGUUUUAAUUGAUUUAUUGUAACUCUGCUAAAAUCUAUUGUAACAAUAUCACAAUAAGUAAUUCAUAGUCGUUCAAAUAGACAAAGAAAAACGAUCUUUUCUCGAAUAUGAGUUGGCCUACUUACAUUUAUAUGAUAUUUGAUAAUUUUAACCUUACUAUUGCAGUAAGUGUAAAUAUAAAGAAAAAUCAUUUAAAAAUACGUACACAUUUUUCAUAAUAAAUUGUUUUAUAAGUA